AAGCAAGCCUCCAAAAAGGACAAGGCCGCGUCGGCGGGGUCAACGGCCACGCGCGCACCCCAGCGCCAGCAGGCGGCCGCGAGGGGUUCCGUGCGAGAUGCCCUUGCGCGGGUGCGCGAGGGGGAGCUCGCCGAGGCCGAGGCGAUGAUGGAGCGCCUCGGCGAGCAGCAGAGGAGCGAGGAGCCCGCCGCCGCGUGCUGCCGCUCGCUCAUCCUGGCGCUCACAAAGGAGGGCGAGUUCGAGCGCGCCGGGAGGUGGCUGAGGGAGCUCACGCGGGCGCACCAUCGUGCGGGUGCGACGGCGCGCUUCGCCAGCACCAUCGUUUCCGCGAGGGCCAGGCACGGCGACGCAGAAGGCGCGGAGGCCUGGCUGGAGGGGAUGAUGGCGGACGGCGUCGAGCUCGACGAGACCGCCUGCAACGCCCUGAUUUACGCGUUCGCCACCGAGGCCAACGUGAGCCGUGCGGAGGGCUGGCUGCGCCGCAUGCGCGCCAAGGGCAUGGCGCCAGACCUGACGAGCUACAGUUCCGUGCUGCACGCGUGCGCCAGGGCGGGGGACGUGGACCACGCGGAGGCCUGGAUCAAGAGGAUGGUGGCGGACGGAGCCGAGCCAAGCGUCAACUGCUACAACGCAGUCGUGGACGCCUGCGCCACGGCGAACGACAGCGCCCGAGCCUCGCACUGGGUCGAGCGUAUGAUCGAGGACGGCGUGUGCCCAACACUGCGGACCUUCAACAUCCUGAUCGGUGUGCUCGCGAGGAGCGGCGACACGGGCAAGGCCGACGCUUGGCUGCACAGGAUGACGGACUUCGGGGUGAAGCCCGACGUGGUGACGUAUGUCCCGAUCUUCAGCGCGUGCAGUAAGGCCGCGGACGUCAGUAGGGCGAAAGCAACCUUUGAGCACAUGUGCGCGCAGCAGGUGGCGCCGAACAAUAACGUGUUCAACCUCCUCGUCGGCCUCCACGGCCGCGCCAACGACGCAUGCGGGGCGGCGCGGUGGCUGCGCAUCAUGCGCGAGGCUGGUUUCCAGGCCGACCGCAUCACGUUUAUCACGGCGGCGAAGGCGCUGCCCCGCAACGACGACGUGCCGGGGGCGGAGGCCAUCUUCAAGGAGAUGAUCGCAUGCAAGCUGGACCCAGACGUUGUGGCGUACAACAUGAUCAUAACGACCUGUGCCCGCGCCGGCGACCUGGAGAGGGCCACGGGCUGGUUCCACCAGAUGGUGGAGAGGGGCCUGCGGCCGGACACCGUCAGCUACAGCUCGGUGGUCAAUGCCUGCGCGAAGGCGAACGACGCGGACCGCGCGGAAGAGUGGCUGAGCAAGAUGAUCGCCGACGGCGUGGAGGCCAACGCGAUCUGCUACAACCAGGUCAUCCACGCCUGUGUCCGCAGCGGCGACGCCCACCGCGCCGCGCUCUGGAUCGAACGGAUGACCGAGCGCGGCGUGUCGCCUACCGUGCGCAGCUUCAACACCAUGAUCAGCAUGCACGUCAAGGCGGGCAACAUGCCUGAGGCCGAAAGGUGGUUCGACAAGAUGGUGUCGUCCGGCCUGGAGCCGGACGUUGUGAGCUACAACACCGUCAUCGCGGCCUGCGCGAAGAGCGCGGACGUCCCCCGUGCCGAGAAGUGGUUCUCGAGGAUGGCACCCUCCGGGCUCUCGCCCGACGUCACCAGCUACAACGCCGUCGUGGACGCCUGCGUGCGCGCGGGCGACGCAGAGCGGGCCGAGGCAUGGUUCGAGCACAUGGUGACCUCCGGCCUGCGCCCAGACACUGUCAGCUACACCACCGUGGUGCACGCCCACGCCAAGGCCGGCCGCAUCGACCGGGGCGAGGCCUGGCUGCUGCGCAUGGACCGCGACGGGGUGCCCCCCACCGUCCCCACGUUCAACGCCCUCAUCGGCGCGUGCCACCGCGCCGGCGACUCGGCCCGCAGCUCGCGGCUGGUGGCGGAGAUGCGGCGCAGAGGGCUGGAGCCCGACGGCGCCACGCCCGGCCCGCGGGGUGAGGGCCCGGCGAGGUCGGCCCGCGUGCAGGCGGGCUGGAGGCGCUGA